AUGGGUCAGGUGGAUCUAAUUAUUGGAGGAGUGAAACUAGAAAGUAUUUUAAUUGACUCAGGUGCAACAUGUAAUGUAAUUGAUUGUGAACUCUGGAACUAUCUUAAAAGAAAACAUGUUAGGUGCGAGUCAAGGGUAUCAGACAAGAAACUGUUUGCGUAUGGACAGAAAGAGCCAAUCGACGUUGUAGGGACAUUUACAGCAGAGAUUGUGUGCGAGGCAAACAGUGAAAGAUGUGUAGACGAUUUCACUGUGAUUAAAGAGAACGGAAGGCCUAUAUUGGGGAAGAAAACAGCCGAACAAUUGAAAGUACUCAGGGUUGGACCUGAAGAAAUAAUAAGAACUGUUAACACGGUCACACAAGAGGGAAGUGAUUCAGAUAUUCGUGAGGAGUUUGCUGAUAUUUUUACUGGAGUCGGACUACUUAAGGAUUACAAGCUGAAACUGCAUAUCGAUGAGGAUGUUAUACCAGUUGCUCAGCCGGUGCGUAGACUGCCAUUCGGUCUAAGGGACAAAGUAGACGAUAAGUUAGACGAGUUACUCGACAUGGGUAUUAUCGAAGAAUUGCCAGAAGCAACGCCUACAAGGUGGGUUUCACCAUUAGUGGUUGUUCCAAAAGCAGAUGGAAAGGAUAUUCGAGUUUGUAUCGAUAUGAGAAGGGCAAACGAGGCGAUUGUAAGGGAAAGACAUCCUAUUCCGACCAUAGAAGAAGUUUUGUAUGAUUUAAAUGGAGCAACGGUAUUUAGUAAGAUAGACCUCAAAUGGGGGUUUCAUCAAGUGGAACUCACAGAGGAUUCAAGGGACAUUACGACGUUCGUGACACACCGGGGGUUAUAUAGAUAUCGUCGACUGAUGUUCGGAAUUACUUCAGCUCCAGAGAGUACCAGAAAAUAA